CACAUCUUCUUUCUAAUGCAGUGACUAGAGAAGCGUCAUAUUUUAGAAUGGUUCUGUUCGUAUCUAUGCUUUGGAGAAAGAUCCUGAGAAAGAGAUGGGUUCUUGGCGUGGUUUUCGGCCUCUCCCUCAUUUAUUUUCUCACCAGCACCUUCAAGCAGGAAGAAAGAACUGUGAGAGACAGAACACUUCUUCAAACAGAUCAAGAUCAGAACAUCCAGUGGAAAGUUCAAUUCAAUUUAGGAAACAGCAGCCGCAUAAGUAACCAGUGCCGAAACUCUGUGCAAGGCAAAUUGCUCAUUACAGAUGAUAUGGGUUACAUUUGUGAACGUAAAGAGCUCUUAGCAAAUGGAUGCUGUAACAUAAAUGUGGCCAGUACUAAACUGUACAGCUGUGAAACUUGCCUGUCCAAUGGGUGCUGCAGUGUAUAUGAGUAUUGUGUAUCCUGCUGCUUGCAGCCUAAUAAGCAACUUCUACUGGAACGUUUUCUGAACAGAGCAGCAGUGGCUUUCCAAAAUUUGUUUCAAGCAGUUGAAGAUCAUUUUGAGUUGUGUUUGGCCAAGUGCAGGACUUCCUCACAGAGUGUUCAGCAUGAGAAUACCUACCGCAAUCCCAUUGCCAAGUACUGUUAUGGGGAAAGUCCUCCUGAGCUUCUUCCCAUCUGAUUACAACACUUCUGUCAUCUGCAGUGCAAACUGUGAUUUCAAAAAGGAAAGAAUUUGCUGACUAUACCCACCUUCCAUCUCCAUUUGACAUCAAAAUCCAAAAGGUGUAUAUACUUGAAAACUUUGGCUGCGAGAGAAAGCUUGACAUUACCUGUAGGAACAUAACAGUGGUGUGACUAAUUUGAUGCAGAGCUGCAUAAGCCCAAAGGCAAGAGGGAGUCAGUGGUGCUCCUUCAGUACGUAAGGCUUUUCUUGACAACAAAAGAGAGCGAACUAUAUUUUAUUUUAAUGCUGAGGGUCAUGACCAGUUUUCAAAUACUAGAAGGAUACAAUGAUAACACUAAAUAUUCCUUAAAUAUUGAAACAAAUGCUGUAAUUAAAAAAAACUGAUGUUUACAUUUAAAAUAAGAUGUAUGCAGGCCUUGCAAAAUAUAAAGUUCCAUUACAAAAUUAAAAUUUGCAGGAGGGAAUUAUACUAAUCUCUCAAGUUACAUUUUGGGAGUUAAUCUAAUUUAUCAUGUGCAUUGUAAUAACACACAUUGUUUGGAGAUUAAUGGUUGGAUGCUCAGAUCAGAUCACUAUACAAAGGGUCAUACAACGGGCAACAAUAGUAGUACACCACCUACACCAACAGAUGUCCUCAGCAAUCUGUAUUUCCACAUUGUCUGGCUCAUGCAAUCCUCUGUUAUAAGAUGUUUGGUCUUAAAAUUGCUCCAUAUAUAGGGUUGCAAGUAAAAUUUAGAGAAUGUAUUCUUUUAUUGGGAAAAGCACAUUUAUGGUUUCUCCUCACAAAAUGAGACAAAAAAUAAGCUUUCGAGUCAGCAUGUUUCACAUAAAUGAAGGUUUACUUGCUGGCAUAUAGUACAUAGCACAAAAACUGGGUAUUGUUUGGCACAGUGACAGCUAUUUACAGCCUUUGCACAUACCUAGAGAAUGCAGGGGAUAUGUAAGGAUAAUGUGUAAGCCCCUCCUGCAGUUUUAAUAUAUUCCAGCCAAAUGUUCAUUAUAUUUUUUAUUUAGUCAUAAUGAAAUAAUUUGCUUGUUUGUACAUUUUAUUUAGAAUAUGUGUCUUGCUUUCCCCUUCCACAGCCAGAAACCUAUUUAUUAAGAGUAAUAGGAUUGUAUAUUUUUAACAAUUUGAUUAAAACUGUGAGUGAAGCAGUG